AUGGGUUCUACACAAAGAGUCAUCACAGACAGCAACAAGUCGCCCCUCAUCCAAGUUUUGUCGUUGAUGUUUCUUGUUAUUGCCAUUCUUGCUUGUCUUGUUAGAACCGGUACCAAACUGUACAUGAUAAAAGCUGUGAGGGCCGACGACAUUCUUAUCAUUGUCGCAACUCUUCUUGCGGCUUGUCAAACAGCCACCGUCUUUAAUGCUUGCGAGCACGGAUUCGGCCAACAUUUUGAGACUCUUAGCUCUGACGACAAAGAUGUCUUUUUUAAGAGCCAAUAUGCGACAAAUACCAUGUUUAUCGCUUCACUUCUCUUUUGCAAAUUGUCUGGUACAAUGAGUCUUCGCAUCAUGGCGCAAAAGAGUCAAAAAUGGAUCAUCAUCAUCUGUGAAGCCAUCGUCGGCGCAUGGGGCUUCACAGCACUUUUCGUCAACUUCUUCCAAUGCAAACCACCACAGCCAUGGAUCUACGGCGACAACGACGAAUGCAUCAAUUUCACGGCUUUUUGGACAUAUUACUCAAUUGCGAAUAUUAUCACCGAUCUUGCGAUUGUCGUUAUCAUGGUCGAAAACGUGGUCAAGAUCCAAACCUCGUGGUCAAAAAAGAUCUUGGUCAUGAGUGUUUUCGGCAGCAGAAUCUUUGUAACGCCCGCCAUUGCAGCGCAGAUCCACUACUCAAACAAGGCCUUCACUUCCGUCGAUCACUCCUUCGCCAUCUGGCCCGCAUCAGUCACGAUCCAAUUAGUCCAAUGCCUUGCGAUUUUGACUGUUUGUCUACCCAACUUCAAACCCUUCCUUGACAGCCUUGAGUCUGGCCAAAUUCGCGUCGACGAUCUUAGACGACAAGGCAAAUCGAGCAGCAACGGAUACCCGACCAACAAACCAGACUAUACAGGGGGAUACAAGAGCAAUAACAAGACGGGACAUAGCAAUCGAUCUCGCGCGCUUACAGGUGGUGGUGGAUCAAGAGCGCAACGAAGCGAGAUACACGAGAUGGAGGACUUUGCGACCCGAUCGAAGCCAAGACAUGAACACGACAAGAGCUGGGAUGGACAAAGUCGAUCGAGCCACUCAAGUCAAAAGAUUCUGAUUCAGCAAACGUGGCAAGUAGAUGUAGAGAGCACGCAUGAUCCAAGCCUGGCAAGCCCCAGACAGACAUGA